UAACAAGAAAAUAACGCCGUCUGUACACGAGUAAUCCAAGAAAAGCAACUGCUUAUAUUUAGGCAACGAAUUUGCGUACUUGAUGGCUGUGCGAUAAAGCUGAAUUCACUUUUGACAACUCUUGCGACAACGUUCCCCGCAAAAUCUGCUGAGCAUUCAACCUGUUUGCCAACUCUUUGACAUUUUCCUUUCCAUGCACCGUCCUUAAUACGAUGCAUGCACGUCCUCCCUCUUCUUCUUUUUGGCAAUCCACAUUCUUUUGCCGGUUAUAAGUCCCUCGUAUCAAGAAACUUCUAGGGAUUCUCUUUUUCAGUUUCGAGCUUUUCAGAAGGGUAUAUUGAUGGAUCCGGCGGAGCUUCGUCGGGUUUUCCAGAUGUUCGACAGGAACGGGGACGGCCGGAUCACGAGAAAGGAGCUGAGCGACUCGUUACAGAACCUGGGCAUCCACAUCUCGGACAGAGAUCUGGCCCAGAUGAUCGAGAAGAUCGACGUGAAUGGUGAUGGAUACGUGGACAUUGACGAGUUCGGCGCGUUGUACCAGACGAUCAUGGACGAGAGAGAUGAGGAGGAGGACAUGAAGGAGGCUUUCAACGUGUUCGACCAGAAUGGGGACGGGUUCAUCACGGUGGAGGAGUUGCGGUCGGUCCUGGCGUCGUUGGGGUUGAAGCAAGGGAGGACCUUGGAGGAUUGCAAGAAGAUGAUAAACAGGGUGGAUGUGGAUGGAGAUGGGAUGGUCAACUUCAAAGAGUUCAAGCAGAUGAUGAAGGGCGGUGGUUUUGCUGCUUUAGGGUCCAGUUGAUAUUCAAAAAACAUUGUUAUCUUAGAGACUAUGUUGUUUUUGCAUGUAGAAACAAAUGCAAACGUCGUGUUUCGUAUUUCAACACUCUACAUCUGUUACACAUUUUUAAGGUUCUUCAUCGCGAAAAUGAGAGUUUCGUCCUACCGGGUUGUGCACC